AUGCCUCACAUCAAACACAACACGUAUAACAACCGACACGAGGUGUUGGCCGAGGAGCAGCCGGUGCCCCCGCACCACAACAACGGCCACAUCGAGCAGUACCUGGAGGAACACGACCCGUCGGUCACCCGAUGCUGUGCGCCCACCCUCUGCACUGUGGGUCAGUUGCUGCACAUGACCAACCUGACGGACGCCGUCAAAGUGAACUGCAAUAACGACAACUGCCGGGAGGGCCGGUAUAUGCACAAGAAGUGCUUCGAGGAGUGGGAGGAGACCGUGCUCACGUACCUCAGGUCGACCGGUCGGGCCCGCAGUUGGUCCGAGAAGCAGAGGCUCCAGAAUCUGUGGACAAAAAAGGGCUACGAUUUGGCGUAUAAAGCCUGCGGCUGUAAGUGCGGAAGGGGUCACCUGAAGAAGGACUUGGAUUGGACCCCACCUGCCGUUCCCUCGCCGGUCGAGGAGAAUAAGAAGCGCCGGAAUCGGAAGAAGCGAAACAACGACAAGCCGACCGUUAAUAUCAGUAGCCCUGUCGUGAACGGCACUAAUGGUAGCGCCAAAAGCGGCGCCACUCUGGUCUCGAUUAACAACAACUCGAUCGCUAACAACAACAACAAUAAUAGUAAUCUGAAUAACAAUAGCAUCGGUACGACGAACGCCAUCCAAAUGAUUCAGAGCUCACGUAUGCGCUCGUUCUCCAUGUCGUCGACCGGCUCCGGGGGCUCGUCGGACGGCACGUCCCCUCCCAUGAGCAACGCGGGCGACUCGGCGUCACCUAAUUUCCGCAAACUCUUCUUCUCGGACACGACCAAACGCGAGCGCCACUCCUCGGGAUCCAUAUUCUCUCGUCGGGCCGACUACUCGUCCUUCAAUACCCUCCCCCGACAUAAGAUCAACUCAUAUCACAUUAAGAUGGAGGACGACGGCAAUCACGGCAACGACGAGACCCGGUGUUUCAUACUGUCCACCCUAUCGGCCAAUAAGAUGAACCGCACGGCGUGUGUCAUCUGCUCGGGAACGAUGAUGAUCUUCGAUAGGUAUCCCCUCAUCGACGGCACCUUCUUCUUGUCGCCCCGACAGCACAACAAGUCCGCCGUUCCGGUCCAUAUUGAGGGGCGGGUCCUUUUCAUGAACGCCGUCUGCAUGGGUUGUCUCGAAGAGCUAAUCCCUGUGUGUUUGUGGGCACCGGUAGGUUGGAACCGUACGCUCCACUGCAAGUCAUGUCGCGUGCGAUGGAACGGAUCUCAUCUGAUAUUGGGUUCCAUGUAUUCGUAUGACAUCUUCGCGGCCGUCCCCUGUUGUCCAGAGCGGCUCCGGUGCAACAAUUGCCAGCAUCUGGUUAUACCUCCCGAACGGCGAAUGGACUUCUUUAGUGAUUACAGCCAUUCAAUGCCGUGCAGUCAUUGCGGUAUCGUUGACCAUCACUUCAUCAAACCCCUGGUCCACACCUACGUUCAA